AUGUCAGGGUACUUUAACUCACUCACGAGUAUCAUGGCAGAGCUGUGGGAAUUCAUUGAGAACCCACAGCCAUCAGGCGACGGCGUGUCGCUCAUUCCCCAGGAUUGGGCACCCGUGGAAAACGUCUUGCGGCCCACGGAGAUUGUCUUGCUGUUGGCAGGUUUGCAGACCCGCGGGAACAUCAGCGCUGUCUGGCGACUGAUCAGUGCCAACCGACAGGAUAUGCUUGUCUACCAAUCGUACAUGGCUCCCUUUCCGAAGCUGGUGUUCCGGCCGCGAACAGAACGGAGCAUCCUGCUCAAGGCCUAUGCCUCCCUGACUCCGACAACGGUGAGGUUUCAGAUGAAGUACGCGACCACCGACAACGUGGCUCUCGAUCUGGAGCUUCCAGUGCAUGGGGGAAUUUCAAUGUACGACUUGCUCUCUGCCGUUCAGGAUGGAUUAACGCCGCCUCCGGGCGUAGGUGUUCAGCUCCUCAGUACAGCCCAUGUUCAGAGGCCGCUCACAAUUUUCGACUGCAUGGUUUUUAUGGAUGAAUGGACUUUCCAGGAGCUCGAGGCUAAGAUCCUGGCAGUGGGCGAGUUUUUGAUGCAGCAGCAGACCGAUUUGGUUGAGAAAUCCUUCAAAUCCGUCAAAGCCACACAACUCAAGCAAGUUUUGGAGGACAUCUCUGGCUUCGUCACCCUGACCGCGGAGCAAGCGACGAGAAUCGGCACCAUCCUUCGCCGAGGGCCAUGGGACCAAGAGGAUCGAGCAAUCGCUGCCGCAUGCCUGUCAAAUGUUCUUGCCAACACCGGUCGCAAGGGAGGUGCCGUGGUGAGGCGGGCCAACCAAGACCUCUUGAGCUUCCACAAGUUCUUGAGCAAGAACGAUGCAUGCGUGCUGGCCGACCCGUCGGCCAGCAUGCACACAAAGGCAGAUGUCGUCGCAAGCCGGAUGGUCAAAAUUCAGUUGUGGCUGGCGAGUGAACAAGCCUAUAGCGAGGUGAUCAAGACGGUUCAGGCGGCCGGCGCCGAGAUGUCCAGUGCCCAGGACCAGUAUGCCUUCUUACAGUUGCUGAAGAAGAUGGUCCGGAGUCGGGUCAAGAAGUUGCCCAAGAACAUCGAAUUGCCGAACCCAUUCCCUGACAAACCAGAGGACCUGCCAGACCACGUGCGUGCGGAAGCCUAUAACCCGGAGGAUCCGGCGGUUACCAUCGAGGGGUCGGUCGCGAAGGGCAGCAUCAUGCGCAAGAGCAGCUCAGAGCUCCGGCCCCAGGACGUCCAAGUGGCCCUUCCGAGUAAGAAACCCCGCACAAGCUUCUCCUCGAACCAGCCAAGCCAACAAGAAAUGUUUGCGGGCAUGGCUUCCCAAUUCGCAUCUUUCAUGAUGAACUACAUGAAUGGCAACCCCUCCGGCUCCAGUGGCUCGAACGCUGCCGCAGAUUUGCCGGGGUUCCGGAUCUUGCAGCCUCCCAAGGGGCAAGGCAAGCAAAGUCCUGGCCAGGCUACGGAUUUGCAGCAUGGCGCUCAUGGGCAGGCGUCACAGGAGUCGUCACCCCCGCCGCAGCCGCAGCAGUCGCUUGCGACGCUGCGGCCCGAGCUGCAGUCUCCGACGCAGCAGGCCCCAUCACAAGUGCAAGUGACGGAUGCGAACAUGGGCUUCACCCAGUUUGAGAUGCCGGACACAUCGCGGCCAGAGCUCGAGGAACGUGAACCUGAUCGUCAGCCGCUCAGUGCGGCAGCUGCUGCUUUGGCAGUCGAGAAGGCCGUGGAGAACCGCAACGAAAAGACGAAGCCCGGCAUUCUCAAAAAGCCCGCGGCCGCAGAGACUGCUGCACCGAAAGCCAAGGCGAAGGCCACGGCCAAAGUGAAGGCCAAGUCCACCCCCAAAGCGAAGGCGAAGUCCCAGUCCAAGAAGACGACUAUCAACCAAGGUCCGAACAAGGGCUGGGUCGUGGAGGUACGUGAGCGCCGCGUCGGGAACAGUGCCGGGCAAACCGACACGUACUAUCGCUCCCCGCACGGACCAACCCGCAACAUCCAGGGCCACUUUGAAACGGAAGCGAGACGAGAAGAUGUGAGCUACAUCGACCCACUGGCGGUGCUUUGGCAUGCCUGCAAUCAAGGGGGUGGCUUCCAGGAGUUCCUGCAGAACUGCGUGCUGUAUUUUUCCCUGAAACAGUUUGGGGGCCUGGCCCUGAGCAAAGAAGACUCCUGGUUCGUGCUGACUGCAGUGCGUUCCACGGAUGUCAAGCGGCUCAGCAACGGCAUGACGCAGCUCAUGAAGAGGAUCUUUGCCAUCUUCCUCUUGGACCGGCGAGAUCAGCUGCUGCACGGCGUACGUCUGCCCAUGCCCAAUCAACAGUACUGGAUGCUUUGCCUCUUGAUCGCGGACGAGGCAGCACUGAAAAGUGUUUGGGAAGACAAAGGAGCAAGCGGCACGAAGCUCUGCUUCAUGUGCCAAAACGUUGUGUCCCAUUCAUCAGGCCUGCACAACACGGACGCAUCAGGCAGUCUGGUGAGCCACGUCAGCCACCAGAAGAGCCAAAUGGUGCAGCAGACGGACGCCAGUAUAAAGGAAGCUGCGCAACACCUCACCCAGUGCCGCCCCUUGAUGAACAAGGGUGAGUUUAAAAAGCGGCAAUUCGCCCUGGGGUUGAACUUCUGCGAGCAUGGGGCGCUCUUUUCUCCUGAGCUGAAGGAGAUUUUGAGGCCUAUCUCCGUGAGCAUGUUUGACUACAUGCACAACUAUGUUGUGGGUGGAGUCUUUCAUGUGGAGAUGUCACAGCUCCUGGAGGCUUUGCAGAAGCAGGGCAUACAGCAAGACGAGAUGCACAGCUUCCUGAGUGCUUGUCAAUGGCCAGCUGCCGUUGGUGACAAAGGCGCCUCCGCGAAGAAAGUCUUCGCCAAGAAGGUGACCGAGUUCAAGUCCUCGGCGUCGGAGGCCAUGGCUUUGUACCCCGUGAUGCGGGCCUUCUUGCAGGAGAAGCUGCCAAGCAUCCGGGACAACCAGUGCAAGGAAUGUUGCCGAUGCUUUUUCGUUCUAUGCGAAGUCCUUGACCUCCUGUAUAAAACGUCGGUACCACUGGAUCCUUCGACGCUAGCUGCUGCUCUGGAACAGAAAAUCGAAACGCACAUGGAGCUGUUCAAGCGCUGCUACGGGGUGGAGAAGGUCAUCCCCAAGGCACACUUCAACCUGCACCUGGGCGACUUGCUGCGGCGUCAUGGCCUGCUACUCUCCUGCUUUGUGCAUGAAAGGAGGCACAAGGAGAUUAAGAGGUAUGCGAAUAACCUCGACUCCAUGCAGGCAGGAUCCGAAAGGCACAUUCUCCAACUGGAAUUGGAGGAGCACAUGAAGAACCUCCUCGUCUUCUCCGAAAUGAAAGCAGGGCUGGUCAACCCCAAGGCUGCCGCCGGCCAGGUGCAACAGGCUUUUUGCGACUACUUCUCCUUGCCAGGCAGUCCUGGACUGCUCGUAAGCAUGUCCUGCCACGUCGGGAAUGGCAGGCUGUGCAAGCGAGAGGACGUGGUCGUCGUCCAUGGGCCCAACGGCGACGAAGUGGCUCAAGUGUGGUUCCAUGUCGAGUUCAACGGACACGGCUACACGUGCAUGUCCGAGUGGCGUUCUUUGGGCCGAAAUCGUUUUCGAACCUGUGACGAGCCUGUGUUCCGAUCAACACAUGCUAUCUGCAGACUGUGUGCUUUCAAGAAAGAGACUGACCGUGCACUGGUCAUACCGCUGAGCAUGCCCAUGUGA